AUGAGGGGCAUUGAGGAGACAAGGCAACGAUGGAAUACCUUCUUUCGCGACAAUAACCACCCCGCCGAUAUCCGGACUGCCCUUCGGUCGGAACAAGGAGAUAAAUUGUGCGAGGAUGGAUUGAGGUCUAUUUGCUGGAAGGCAUGCGCUCGUGGCCAUUAUGACCUGGCGUUUCUGCUAUUCGAUGAUCUCGACCGAGCGCAAUGGUCGCAAAAGAUCGCCGAUUCGCGAAGUGUUUAUGUCGCCCUGAAAGCCCAUUUUUUGAAAUACAUCGAACAUCCAGACGACCUGCAGUCGACAGUUGAUCCACUGGCGGAUGAUGAAGCGUCUCCAUGGCAAACGUUACGUGAUGACGAGCAGUCGAGGGCGGAUAUCGCCCAGGACGUCGACCGAUGUUUGCAGGAAAAUUUCUUCUUUCGCGAGCCCUCUACCAAGUCCAAAAUGAUCGACAUCUUGUUCAUUUACUCGAAACUGAACCCCGACUUGGGCUAUCGUCAAGGGAUGCAUGAGAUUCUUGCUCCUCUCCUCUGGGUCAUUGAUAGGGAUGCCAUUGAGCCAAAGUCACUGCGAGAGUCCAGCGCCAAAGAAGCCGAUGAUGACCUGAUGCACACUCUCCUCGAUGCCGAUUAUGUGGAGCACGACUCUUUUACAUUAUUUUGCUCGGUUAUGCAGAAUGUUCGCGUGUAUUAUGAGCAUAAUAGACACCGAUCAGAGAAUGGCCAGGCGGACGUUAUACCGAUCGUUCACCAAUGCCACCGGAUUCAUAAUGAUUUGUUAGUAACCGCAGAUUUGGAGCUGGCGGAUCAUCUGCAAGCCCUUGAAAUCUUACCGCAGAUUUUCCUCACGCGUUGGAUGCGUCUGCUGUUUGGUCGAGAGUUCGCUUUCCAAGAUGUUCUUCUCAUUUGGGAUCGCCUUUUUGCGGAGGGGUUACGUGCCGAACUCAUAGAUUUUGUGUGCGUCGCCAUGCUGCUUCGAAUUCGAUGGCAACUUUUGCGUGCCGAUUCCUCGAGUGCUUUGGGUCUCUUGCUUCGCUACCCUUCCCCUCAACCCCACGAACCCCUGAGCUUCGUACACGAUGCGGUAUACCUGGAGCAAAAUCCAACUCCUGAUCGAGGAGUAUUCAUUAUUUCCAAAUAUUCCGGAAGACCACCGGAUCCCACCAAAGGACUUGGGCAACCCAGCCCAAAGCAUUUAAACAGCAAGAAGUUCCGCUUGCGGAGCGUCUCAAGAGAUCUAAGCGAAAGCAGCUCCCCUUCCAGGUCGCCUGCAAGGAACAGCCCCAAGAGUCUGGAGACGCUCUUCCAGGACGUUUCGGAGGGCAUACAGCGUCGGACAGAGGCGUGGGGUGUAGCCAAGGCUGUCCGGGGAGCGGUGAGUGAAGCCAAGAGAAACAUGCAAUCUAUUCAGUCGGAGCACUAUUCCCGGACUGCACGGUAUGAACCGUUAAGCUCGACGAUAGGCAUGCCGUGGGACCAUGGCACCGACAUUGCAGUCCAAUGGAAGACAAAGGUUGAACAACUGGAGGAACGGAACAGGAGACUGGCCAAAAGUCUCGGCAAUUCCUUAAAUGACAUCCGGAGCCACUUGAUGAGAGCAGAGGGUAUCGACAAAAAGACCACGGACGCCUUGAAAAAGGCGCUCACCCAAGUUCAGUCAGUCCAGAGCUGUCUUGAAGACUCUUCCAUUCCUCCAGGUACCGUGGAGCAGGGUCCCAGCGAAAGUGGCGAGGGAGACCAGGAAUCGCUAUCUGACACUUCUAAACCCGCGAGCGAGCAAGCUGAGACGGUGCUGGGCAAAACAAGUGACGCCUCGUCGGCGACGCGCAAACCUAGUAUGUCUGCGAAGUCAUCACGAUCAUCCGUUGAUUGCGAGACGAAAACCCGUAAAGCUUCAAGCAAUGGUCAGAUUCCCUCACCCAUGCCACUACGACAUGCGGUACGUCCAUCACUGGCAGAUUCAGAGUUUUCGUGGAUGCUCGGGGGCGGGCGACAAUUUUCGAGCUUCGUUAGUCCGGCAUCCGUGCCGCCCGAACAGACCCGGCAUGGAGAAAUGCGAUCCAAACCGAAUACCCUAUUUGGCAACGGUGACGAGGAACAUGGAAGACCUGACGCUGAGGCCGACGGACUGGCGCUGCGGAGUCUUCGGGGACCCAAAGCUCGUGAAUAG